UCGUGACGACACAGUGAACGUCACAUUGCGUCAUCAUUUACAAUCCAACAUUCAAGCGGGGAGGACGUGUGAUGAAACAGUUAUUAAUCAGUGUUGAAAUAUAAUAUUAAUAUAUUUAAAUGUUUCAAACCGGAAUUUCAAGUACAAAGUUCAUAGGAUAGGUUUCGUUUUGUAACGCCGCCAUCAUGGCGUCGGACGAACAAUUUUCAUUAUGUUGGAACAAUUUCCACGCCAACAUGUCAGCAGGCUUCCACGGCCUGCUGUCGCGUGGAGAUUUAGUGGAUGUGACUUUAGCCGCUGAGGGAAGGCUAUUGCAAGCUCAUAAACUAGUUUUGUCAGUAUGUUCUCCCUUCUUUCAAGAAAUGUUCAAAAUGAACCCGACGCAACAUCCUAUAGUAUUUUUAAAAGACGUUAGUCAUUCAGCGUUAAGAGACUUAUUACAGUUUAUGUACCAAGGUGAAGUUAAUGUUAAGCAAGAAGAGUUAGCAUCGUUUAUUAGUACAGCGGAACAACUUCAAGUGAAAGGUUUAACCGGAAAUCAAAAUGAAGAAAGUUCCACGCCAUCCAAACCAAAGCCGACCUCAAGGCCAGGCCCGAGGUCGUCACAACAAAGGCAAUCUGUUAUGACUAAGUUAGAGACUGAUUUAGAUUCUAAGCCCUCCUCAACUCCAGUAGCCGUUAAGAGACCGAAUAGACCAUCAAUAGCAUCAAAUAAUUCUUCAUCAUCCCAAUCUGGUGGACCUGUGAAACGGAAAUGUGUGGAUCCAUUAGAAGCUGGACCAUCAGGAUCGGCCAAAGAUGAAUUUGUGACGAUACCUGACGAAGAUGAAAAUAACGCUGUGGCACCGAAAAUGGAACCUGAAUUUGUUAAUGAGAGUAUGUGGGACGAUGACGAUGAUGGCACUAAUAAUGAUGAGACAAAUUUCGGCGAAGAUGAUUCGAAUAUGGAAAUGUCUGGAUUCGAUGGCUCUGCUACUGGUGACGGCACACUGACUGGAACGGGCGAAGGAGCAGUAGGCGAUGCACAAGUUACAGAUGUGCUUAAAUUGGACUGGGUGUUGAUUUACUUCACGAAACUCGAUGAGGACAAGCUAUACCGCUGCAAUGUCUGCCAGGCCAUCAUGGAGUGCGAGAGCGAAGAGACCAAGGCCGAGAUCAUGGUGGAUCACAUCCAACAAGGGCACAAGGAAAUCUACGAACUCCACAAAGAUAAUCCAGAGGAAACGGUGGGGUUUCGCAUAGAGUUCCUCCAUCUGAACGUUUUAAAUGAGGAAGACAAGUCACAGCAAGUGAUGGAGGUGUUGGAAGAGGAAUCUGCAGAGAAGCAAGUGGAAGAAAUACAAGGAGAUGAAAAUGUACAAUUUGUUCUCAUGUCUGAAGCGGAACCCACUCCAGUGAAGCCGGUGAAACGGGAAAAGCCACCCAGAGUGUCAGCUGCUCGUUCUGGAGGAAAAUUAAAGAGGAGCUGGGUGUGGAAGUACUUUGAGAAGAUCAGCAGCGUGAUCUUCCGCUGCAACCUGUGCAACGUGGUGCUGUCCAUCAAGGGCAACAACACCAACAACAUGAACCGCCACGUGAAGAGCAAGCACCCCGUCAUCUACAAGACGGAGAUGAUGUCGGCGACCUACACGCGCAGGAAGGACCAGGCGCAGCUGACGGACGUGGCGUGCGAGGUGGAGAUCCCUGUGGUGAAGGCGGAGGCGGUCGCUAGCACGCCCAAAGCGAGGGCUAAGGCUACCCCGGACGCGGCUACCCGGCUGGCGCGGCGCAGUUGGAUCUGGACUUACUUCACUCGCCUCUCGGGCACGCUGGCGCAGUGCAAGCUAUGCAACCGCAAGAUCAACCACGGGGGCAACGCCACCGGCAACAUGAACCGGCAUCUCAAGUACUUGCACAAGCAUGUUUAUGACAACAGCGUGGUGGAAGCCGAUAAGACGGAUAUUGAAGACGUAGCCUGGGUAUGGAAGCUCUUCACUCUGGACGAAGAUAGCUGCUACGCGUGCAAGAUCUGCAACUUCAAGUGCAUCAAGUUCGAGGCCAUAGACAAGAGUGUCCAGUUCAUUCUGGAACAUCUCCGCAGCGAGCACGGCGUCAUAUCUGGCAGCCAGAUCAUUUCUGGCUCGGACUGUGACGCGCCAGAUAUGGACGAGUGCACUGUGGCUGUAGAUUUCUUGAAAGGGGCUGAGAUGUAAAGUUAUAUGUAGGAGAGACGCGAGAGGCCUUACAGCGGUGUCUGUUUCAUUGUUUAUUUAUUGAUAGUAACUAACCAUGGUUAUUCGAUUUGAUUUUUUGAAGUGUAGUAAAUAUAUUAUGUUUGAUUAAGAGAGGUAUUGCGUAACCUUCCCAGUUUCCUUCAGGGUUAAGAGAUAUAAUUUUCAUAGAUAAUUUCAUUACACAAUAUUAUUAUACCUACUUAUAUAAAUUAGUUAAAUAAUUUAUGUAUACAUGCCGUUUCAG